AUGGAUGAUCCUGGAAAGAGAAGAGGGAUCCAUUGCCCCUGGAGCCUCACCUGCUCCCUGCUCAUUUUGGGAAUGUGCUGUGUGUCUCCUUUUUCCUGUCACAGCCAGACAGACCUGCUGACUCCUGACCAAACCGAUCCUCAGUGCUGGGAAUCCUCCUCAAUACUCCUCUUGGAAAUGCAAAAGCCUCGCAUUUCCAACACUGUUUCAGGCUUCUGGGAUUUUAUGAUUUACCUGAAGUCAUCUGAAAACUUGAAGCAUGGGGCCCUGUUUUGGGAUCUUGCUCAGCUCUUCUGGGACAUCUAUGUGGACUGUGUCCUCUCAAGGAACCACGGCUUGGGAAGAAGGCAACUGACAGGAGAGGGAGACAAAAUCUCAGCAGCUCAGCCACAGCAUGCAGGGAGUAAACAAGGUGCAUAUUCUCAGCUCCUAAGAACCCCUUUCCUAAAGAAGAAGGAGUUAAUUGAAGAUCUGAUAAGCAUGCAUGUACGCAGGAGUGGGUCUAGGUUUCUUGGAAAAGUGAACCUGGAAAUAAAGAGAAAAUUAAUUUAA